AUGACUCCCCCCAAACCGGUGCUAACGUCCUGUUAUCAGAGGCGUCCGGAUCUUAGGGGCCUCUGUAUUUCCAUACGGUUAUCGCCCUCUUCUUGUCAGUUGGGAGCUCAUAAAAUAAUAGUCAACAUGAGGCGCUAUCGCUUUAAAAAACUUGUCUACUAAAGAGAUGGCGGUACACUAAUGGCUUUGCAAAUGGCGACCUCAGACAUCACCUUCGGCGAUGAGUCCUCUAGGGGGUUAGUGGGCCUUGGACCUAGUCGAAUUUCGCCAAGGAUAUUAGUCACUUUCAAGAACACAUCGCUCCAUUCUCAACCUCACGUCUAA